AUGAUUUAUUGGGCAGGAGGAUCACAAUCUUUUACCACAAUUUCCGAUAAUAACAGUCAUGAUCCAGCAGCCAUAUGGGCACACUUGAUACCAAUAAUAAAGAUAGCCAAACAUAAAAAUCCUUUGCUUAAGGUUAUACAUUUCUACUCUGAUGGCCCCUGCACGCAAUAUCGUCAAAAGAAGAACUUUUUUUUACAUAAUUUUUUUACAUUCAAAUUGGGUCUCGAAUACUCAACCUGGUCGUUUACUGAAAGCGGCCACGGAAAGUCAGUAGCAGACGGCAUAGGUGGCGCAGUGAAGAGGUCCUUAGACAAACAGGUUGCGUACGGCAAAGAUAUCUCCAAUGGUGAGCAAGCUGUUGAGCUCUUAUCAAAUUCUAUGAAAUCGGUCAAAUGUCUUUAUGUCAUCAACAGUGACAUAGAAAAUGUAGCGAAAUUGGUUCCGAGCGAUUUGACACCUUUAACAGGCACCAUGCAGAUUCACCAAAUCAUUGCUAAUUCACCUGGCAUUAUUCAGUAUCGAUCGCUAUCUUGUUUUUGCGGCUUGAAGAGAGGGUUGUGCGAUUGCUUUGGUUUAAAUACCCACACGUAUGGAAAGUCAACAAAGAAAACUGAAUUAAAUCGCUCUAAUCCAUCUAAUAAAGUUACAGUAACAGCCGAAAUUCAUGAGGUGCCAAUUUCUCAGAAAACCAAAAUAGCAACUUGUUCUUCCACACAAAAAUAUUUUGAACAAAAUGAAGACAUUAUAGAACUAGACAUAGAAAGAGAUGAGGGAAAGUAUAAAGAAGAACAAGAAAGAGUCGAAGAAAUCAAUGAUGCGACAUUUAAAACAAAAGAGGAAGAAAAAAACAGAUUAGAAGAAGUGAAUGAUGGAGUGACAGUUGGCUGUAAAGAUAAGGAACAAGACAAAUUAGAAGAGACUAUUAAUGCGAACCCCCUCUGUCGGCGCACCUCAUCGAGCAACCGCGAUGGCGACCGAAGGGAGUGCUGCGGAGGCCGGGGCGGGGCGCGGCCGCGCUUUCUUCACUUCCCUCUGCGACGCGCUUGA